GCUUUCUCUCCCAGCACGACUGCCAGCUGUGUAGUAGUCUACUGUCCACAUACAGCCGGGGUCUGAAGGCUACACUCAGCAUCACUGGUCAGACAGCAUCACAGCGAAAUUGAUCAGUCCUUAGUCUUGGUGUGCAUGCACUGAACGUUAUAUUAACCAUAAACUCGUUUUUUAGGACAAAAUAACAGUUUGGUAGACUUAGUUUUAUAGCUAGAUAGAUAUUUGUUAAAUUAUUUCUUUACAAUGGAAGGAAACAGGCAACUAAUCAGUCCCUUUCACCGACCACGGUGCCUGGCGGCGGCGGCACCUGGAGGAAAAGCCAAAUUAACUCACCCAGGGAAGGCGAUUCUAGCAGGUGGUAUAGCAGGGGGUAUAGAGAUCUGUAUCACCUUCCCUACUGAGUAUGUGAAGACUCAGCUACAGCUGGACGAGAAGGCCAACCCUCCCAAAUACAGGGGCAUUGGUGACUGUGUAAAGCAGACGGUACAGGGUCACGGGGUGAGAGGACUGUACAGAGGACUCAGCUCACUGCUCUACGGAUCCAUACCCAAAUCAGCUGUCAGGUUUGGUGUGUUUGAGUAUCUCAGUAACCAUGCCCGUGACGAGGCAGGGAAGUUGAACAGCACCAGGGGUCUGUUAUGUGGGCUUGGUGCUGGAGUCAUGGAGGCUGUAGUCAUAGUCUGUCCCAUGGAGACUGUCAAGGUUAAAUUCAUCCACGACCAGUCUUCAGCCAACCCCAAAUACAGAGGCUUCUACCAUGGAGUCAGGGAGAUCAUCAGAACCCAAGGUAUUAAGGGGACGUACCAGGGCCUGACGGCCACCGUCCUGAAGCAGGGCUCCAACCAGGCCAUCCGCUUCUAUGUCAUGACCUCCCUCAGGAACUGGUACAAAGGGGAUAACCCCAAUAAGGCUAUUAACCCUGUGGUGACGGGAACGUUUGGAGCCGUCGCAGGAGCAGCCAGCGUGUUUGGGAACACCCCCCUAGAUGUCAUCAAGACCAGGAUGCAGGGUUUGGAGGCUCAUAAGUAUAAGAGUACGCUGGACUGUGCCUUGAAGAUCAUGAGACACGAGGGUGUACGGGCGUUCUAUAAGGGGACGGUUCCUCGGCUGGGUCGUGUGUGUCUGGAUGUGGCCAUCGUCUUCAUCAUCUAUGAGGAGGUGGUCAAGGUUCUCAACACGGUCUGGAAGACGGAGUGAGGGGGCGGGGCUGGAGCCUCUUCUGACCUCACUGGGCCAAACACGAUGUGACUGGACAACUGAGCCUUCUACCAGUCUGCGUCUCAAACACCACCUUAUUUCCUAUAUACAGUAGUGCGCUACUUUUGACCAAUCAGGCUCCUAUCAGGGUCUGGUCAAAAGUAGGGCAUUGUGUAGGGAAUGGAGUGCCAUUUCAGAUGGAGUGCCAUUUUCAUCCAGUAGCAAGCUGCCAAGUAGUGACAAAUUAUACUAAUUAUUGUCACAGUUCUACUGUAAUACCACUCACCCUUUUGGGCUAGCCAUGGCUAACGUCUUUUUCCUCAAGUGAAACGUAUACAUAGAGUAAUAUAUUCUUACCAAGAGAAGAGAAAAUGGGUAAAUAAUAUAUAUUGAUUCAUAAUAUAUUGAUCAGAGUCUUUUCAAUGUAUUUAUUGAAUGUUGAAUGUGUAGUAAUGAGUCUCUGUUUGAGACACGCUGUUAUACUGUGCAGUGUUAUGUACAGUUCUAACUUGGAAGCGAAUGCUUCAUGGUGUUAACAUUACAGUACUGUAUGGAUUGGGUGGGUGCAAGAGGUCGCAGCUUUUUUUGUUCCUGUAUGGUAUAUCCACAGAUAGAACAUUGAGACAGAUAUUUCACUGGAUGUAUAAAUAUGAAGCAUCCACUUGGUGUUUCUCUCACUACCAAAUAUGGUAGUGAGAGAAAGCCCACUGGUGCGCAGUGGUAGAAAAUGGAACGAGAUGGAUUUUGGCCUACAUUCUGCAAAUGCUCUCAUCGAUUAAACAUUUGAUCUCAAUACAGUUUUCUGUUCCCAAAACUAUAAUCUGUUAUGAAUAGAGUUGACUAAGUUUUGUAGACUUUAGCCAUCGCACAAGCGAAUUUCACAGAGUAGGUGUUCCCUAACGGAAAUAUGCAGAUAUUUGCUAGAACGGGCCAAUAGGAUCUCGCUAGCUCGUGCUUGGCUCUGCCC